UGUUUGGUGUUGGAGUUAUUUCACAGAGUUGAUCAUCAGUGUUAAAAAAACUCCAAACAGACGUAAUUAGACUCCACCCACGCAUUUCCGAUCGUCCCUGGUGAAAUCGAUGAAGACGCCGCCAUUAUCCUCGUGUGGCUUUGAAAGGUGAAAUGUUGGUCCAGAUCAAGUACAAGCAACAGCAGAAGUAUGUGAAGCUGGAUUCCAUUGAAGGGAGAUUUGACUUCAUGCAAUUUCACGCUAAAGUCAUUGAGAGAUUUUACUUGCCACCUGAUGCAAAAGUUACAUACAAGGAUGCAACAGGGACCGAAGUUGAUGCAGAAAUAUUCAGCGAUCUCAUUGGACAAGGCAAUGUGGUGCUGACUGUUUUCUCAAAUGAUGAAUUUUCAGACUCUUUGUCUUCCAUAUCUGAGACGUCUGACAGUAGCAACUGUUCAAGUGCAUCAACUGUAAUCUUAGAUGAGGUCCCUAACAAGAGACAAAGAAAAGAGGACACAUCUGCACUGUCUGCAAAACAGUUGGUCGAGGAUGUUCUAAAGUUGAAGUCUGGUGGUGAAGCAGUAUUACAGGAGUAUCAAGAAACGGAAACCCUUACAGGUGCCGCAAGACGACAAAUGAUCAACAUACUGGUGGCUCACAUGAUUGAUACACAUGGGCAACUCCCUACUAAAGCUAUCAGAGAACAGUACGCUCUUGGCAUAGUGAUGCUGUUCCCUUCCCUCAGAGAUCCAUAUUCCAAGAAAGGCUAUGAACACUUUUUUGAUGCUGCAAGCAACACAGGAUACAUUGCUUGGCGUAUGAAAACAGUCCACAGGAAGAUUAGACGAGGAUCUUUGCCACUAGACAACCUUCAUGAUGUUUCUCCAGGAGGCCCAAAAUGCCAAAGGGCUACUAAUUGUGAAGGACAACUUGAUGGGGAUGCUUGCAAAGAGGCAAUUUCUUUGCUCAGCCAUACCACAGAGAAGUCUCUAAUAUUCCAAAAGAUGAGAGAGACAUUUCAGUAUCGCCAAAAGCUUGUUAAAGAUUCAGGCUCUAGUGUUGAUAUCCUCUCCACCUUCUCAAGAUUCCUAGAUACAAAGGGCCUGGUUGAUCAAGACUUCACUCUCCUGUUUGACACCGAGACAUCCUCCAGGCUACUUCAGAAGUGGGACACGUUCUUCAGGCCAAAUGUCAUUAAAGAAGCCAAGCAACUUACUUCAACAGCAGACCUGAGUCAGUUGUUGCUCUCAGCAGAAUGGCCUAACAGUAGUGACCUUCAUGAAACAAUCUACGAUCAGGAAAUGGCAUCCCUUCUUCUACUGAUUCAUCUCCUUCCACCAUCACCAGGAGGACUGAAGUCUCCAAGAAUCAGUGCAUGUGAUGCUGCUAAAAGACUUGUAGUCUUUCAUAAGUCAUGCUGCAGUUUGGAGGAGCACCUCAACAACAACCAGCGUCAGCAUCCGUACCUCCUUGCUGUUGGACGCCAGAAAAGCAAGAUUGAGUGCUUCUACAUCGUCUUGGAUAAGCAUCUCAUCCCAUGCCAGGCAAACCGCUCCCUUGGAGCUUUUGAUGAACUUUUCAAGGCACAUUUUGUGUUCAAUUUGUGCUAUGAUAGUGCACUUAUGAACUUUUACACAUUCCUGCAGACAACAGUGUAUAACAUUGAUAUAGGUCAGAUGAAGGAGUCUCCCAGGGUUAGAGAUUUGAGAGCCAGACUGCUUAACCAGACAGUAACCUUAACUUAAAGCCGUGCAGUAUGAUGUUGACAUAAUGCUGAUCUGUUUUAUUUGUCAAAAAGAGCACCCAGACAGUCAACGGUUGAUUUCACAUUUGAGAGGUGAACAUAGUUAUUAUCCUGGAUAUAAGUUCAAAUUAAUUUGUUCUCAGCAAGGUUGUAGGCAUCAGUUCCAAACAUAUGCAGGUUUUCGUAAGCACCUCAAUAGUGUUCAUAGCAGUGUUCAGCUGAUUGCUCCAACUUCAACUGUUGGAUGUUCCGCAAAUGAGCCAGUUGCAAGCUCAUCUUAUGCUUUGGAGGACGUUAUGAAUCCCCAGCAUCUAUCUCCUUCCAGUGCUUUAUCUGAUAACAAUGAUUCAGGGCUUACUAAGAAUUCAGCUAAAGGAUUGUGUGAAUCCAUUGUGGCCAAAAUACAAGCAAGUGGGAUUCCAAACAGUUUGGUGUCCUCAAUUGUGGGAGAUUUAGAGGAACUAACAGAUGAGCUUAACUCGCAGGCAAAGCAUAACAUACUUUCUGCUUUGCCUGCAAAUGACCCCUACAAAACUGUAAUAAAUGAAUCUUUUGAAAAAUUUGAAAACCCAUUCACAAAUCUGAAUACAGAAUGGAAACGGAAUAAAUACUUUAAAGAAAAAUGGGGAGUUGUAGAGCCUGUUGAGAUAACACUAGGUGUGCGGUAUGACAACAAAUUGAAUAAGAAAUCUGGUACUUAUGACCAAGUACCAGUGAAGGAUACUUUUAUAUAUGUGCCAAUUUUAGAAACAUUGAAAUUCAUGUGUAGAAAUCCAGACAUUUGUGAUCUCCUAAGGAAAGAUUGUAGAUCAGAGCCUGACACUUUUACAGAUUUUAGCGAUGGAAGUUAUUUUAAAUCCCACCCUUUAUUUACAACAAAAAGACAUGCAUUACAAAUUCAAAUAUACUAUGAUGAUUUUGAAACAGCUAACCCCCUUGGCUCCAAACGUACUAUCCACAAAAUUGGCUGCCUUUAUUUUAUUGUAAGAAACUUGCCCCCAAAAUUUAACUCCGUUCUGAUGAACAUUCAUUUGUUAGCACUUUUUCACACACAAGAUGUAAGCAAGUACGGUUUUGAUGUUAUACUGGAACCGUUGAUAAAUGAUAUUAAGAUACUUGAAAGCCAAGGAUUAAGUCUUCCAUUCUCAGAUGAGCAGAUAUACGGCACCAUCGCACAAAUCACUGGUGAUAAUCUAGGGAUGCAUUCAAUUCUUGGUUUUAAUGAGUCAUUUAGUAGCCAUCAUUUCUGUCGCCUUUGUUUAAUUGAAAAGAAUGAUUCUCAAACAGUAUACAGUGAGGAUGAUGCUAAGGUGGUUCUUCGUGGAGAAGAAAUUUUUGAAAUACAUUGCAAGUCUCUCAAGGAAAACCCACAAUUGAGAUCACUAUAUGGUUUGAAAAGAAAUUCCACAAUUAAUACACUUAAGUACUUUCAUGUUAGCAAUAACUACUCAUUUGAUAUAAUGCAUGACCUUCUUGAGGGUGUGGCUCAAUAUGAAAUUAAAUUGCUUUUUGGACAUCUCAC